UGUUUUAACUGUGCGUCGAGAAUACGUGAUGGAUAAAACGUUUCUUGACAAGAUUUGUCUCGAUAAAACUUCAGUAUUAACGUGCGGUCGUAAUUUGAUAAGCACUAAACAACUCAACUGCGAUUAUUUAAACACAUUUUAAGAUCGAUAUUGUGAAAAACGCGGUUUUUAAUCACGGCGACAACCGAAGCUAACCUUAUUCUCAUUUUUAUAAGAAAAAGAACGCCACUGUGUUUUGUGUUUCUGUUUACUUAACCCACACGACUUAACUAUUUACAGCCAUUUUGUGUCGCUAACUUUUAUUUUGCUAGUGUAAUGCUUCCUUUUGUGAACAAUAAUUUUAAAUAAGUAUCUACUUUCUUUGUCAAAAUGUCAGAGGAUCCGGAUCCCGAGCUGUACAGGUUAGAAGGUGAAUCAAAUCAAACUGGAGGUUUGAUCAUUCGUAAAAAGGCUUCGGAUCACACCUUCAAGAAACCGCAAACGUCUGUAUUAGGAUUAGACAAAUUAGCAGAGCGUAAGCGGAGAGAAAAUUCGCAAGAACCUGGCAGCGCCAGGUCUAGUCCUAGCACUAGCCAAUCGCCGGACCACAACCCCGAUCCUAAGGAACGCAAGUACCGCCUUCACGAAGAAGAAACUCCAACUCAUACUGGUGGAGUCAAUUCAGAAGCACGACGAAGAUUGGAAGACAGAUUAAGUCGUCAAAAAAUAGAUGCUCAAGAUCGAUUGUAUAGGGAGAGACGUAGGAAGGAUAGGGAACGUGACAGAGAUAGAAGUCGAAGCAGAGACAGCGUGCGCCAAACGCCGAUGAGAUUUAAAGAUGAACCUCAAACGCCAAAAUUCAGAACAAAGGAUUCAACUUCUCGGAGUAAUUGGGACGACGACGAUGAUUUUGAACCAAGAAAAUCAACAUGGGAUCAUCCAACACCAAAACUUUAUGGAUCCAAAGAUCCAAAAGAUAGUGUUAGAAGCGAAUGGACGCCUUCGUAUAAGUAUAACUCUUGGAUCAAAGAGCGCAAAGCAUCUGGAGCUACUCCGAUGACCGAUGGAGAAGAAAGAGAAAUGUGGGAAGAAGAACAGAGAAGACUGGAUCGGGAAUGGUAUGCCUUAGAUGACGGAGAAAAUCGUCCAUUUGCUGACGUCUCCGAAGAGUAUGCACAAAAAAAGGAAAUGGAGAUGGAAGCAAAGCGUGAGAGACGAGUGUCAGCUCAGCAGCGACAAAUAAAUAAGGACAACGAACUAUGGGAGCGCAACAGAAUGUUGACUUCGGGCGUAGUAAGUUCCCUGGAACAUGACGACGAUCCUGAUGACGAAGGAGAAGCCAGAGUUCAUCUUUUAGUUCACAACGUAGUGCCACCUUUCCUAGAUGGUCGCAUCGUGUUCACAAAGCAGCCCGAGCCAGUGGUACCGGUCCGAGAUCCAAGUUCAGACAUGGCUGUGGUUGCACGAAAAGGAUCAGCACUCGUACGGGCCUACAGGGAGCAGAAAGAACGGCGUAGAGCACAGCGUAAGCAUUGGGAAUUAGCAGGCACAGCAAUUGGAAACAUUAUGGGAGUAAGCGGUCCUGAUGGCAAGCCGGCAGCUGAAGGGGAUCAACAAGGUCAAGAUACUGACUUCAAAGCAGGGCAGAAGUACGCUCGUCACAUUAACACUGGCGAAAGCUCCGGCGAUUUUAAGCAUAAGACAAUUCAGAAUCAGCGAAGAAGUCUACCCGUCUUUGCAGUGAGACAGGAGCUGUUGAAUGUUAUCAGAGAAAAUAGCGUUGUCGUCAUAGUUGGAGAAACUGGUAGCGGAAAAACUACUCAGCUGACACAAUACCUGCAUGAAGAUGGCUACAGCCGUUACGGUAUCAUAGGUUGCACUCAACCUCGCAGAGUUGCAGCUAUGUCUGUAGCUAAACGAGUAUCCGAUGAAAUGGCUACACCAUUGGGGGAAAAAGUUGGCUACGCAAUUCGUUUUGAAGAUUGUACUUCAAAAGAGACUGUCAUCAAGUACAUGACCGAUGGGAUUCUUCUACGAGAGAGUUUAAGAGAAGGUGAUUUGGACCGAUAUAGCGUCGUUAUCAUGGAUGAAGCUCACGAAAGAUCUCUGUCCACUGAUGUACUAUUUGGACUACUGAGAGAGGUGGUGGCACGUAGGCACGAUUUGAAGCUUAUAGUAACAUCAGCAACUAUGGACUCGACAAAAUUCUCAGCAUUCUUUGGCAACGCAGCUACUUUUGCAAUUCCUGGUCGUACUUUCCCAGUUGAAAUAAUCCAUGCCAAGAACUCAGUCGAGGAUUAUGUCGAUGCCGCAGUUAAACAAGUCUUGCAAAUUCAUCUUCAACCCCGAAGUGGAGAUAUUCUGGUAUUCAUGCCUGGACAAGAAGAUAUCGAAGUGACAUGCGAGGCUCUCAAAGAACGUCUCGGGGAAAUUGAUUCUGCACCUCCACUCUCUAUACUUCCAAUCUAUUCCCAAUUACCAUCCGAUCUUCAAGCUAAAAUAUUUCAACGAGCAGAAGGGGGCUUUCGUAAAUGCGUUGUGGCAACAAAUAUCGCAGAAACCUCCCUAACUGUGGAUGGCAUUGUAUUUGUCGUUGACUCAGGGUACUGCAAACUAAAAGUCUAUAAUCCAAGAAUAGGUAUGGAUGCGCUACAGGUAUAUCCUGUCUCAAGAGCGAAUGCUGAUCAAAGAGCAGGUCGAGCUGGACGUACAGGACCAGGACAUUGCUAUCGCCUUUAUACCCGCCGUCAGUAUAUGGACGAGUUACUUCUUACCGGAGUACCAGAAAUUCAGAGAACCAAUUUAGCCAACACGGUCCUCCUUCUGAAAUCUCUUGGGGUGCAGGAUCUACUUGCUUUUCACUUCAUGGACCCUCCUCCUCAGGAUAAUAUCCUCAAUUCUCUAUAUCAGUUGUGGAUCUUAAGUGCUCUGGAUCAUACAGGACGCCUUACUCCACUCGGACGGCAGAUGGCCGAAUUUCCUCUGGAUCCUCCACAAUGUCAAAUGCUUAUCGUUGCCUCUCAGCUUGGCUGCACCGCUGAUAUUCUCAUUAUAGUUUCAAUGCUCUCCGUACCAUCGAUCUUCUACAGACCAAAGGGACGAGAGGAAGAUUCAGACUCUGCUAGAGAAAAGUUCCAGGUACCAGAAUCUGAUCACUUGACAUUCUUGAAUGUGUACAACCAGUGGAAAUCCAAUGGCUAUUCAACCUCUUGGUGUAACGACCACUUUAUACAUGGUAAAGCAAUGCGAAAAGUGAGAGAAGUGCGUCAACAACUAGAAGAGAUACUUAAGCAACAAAAAAUAGAAGUUGUAAGCUGUGGCACAGACUGGGAUGUGGUGAGGAAAUGUAUUUGUUCAGCAUAUUUCCAUCAAGCUGCACGUCUCAAAGGUAUAGGAGAGUACGUUAACUGUCGUACAGGAAUGCCUUGUCAUCUUCAUCCUACGUCAGCCUUGUUCGGUAUGGGAUUCACCCCUGACUACGUUGUUUAUCACGAGCUAGUAAUGACUGCCAAAGAAUACAUGCAGUGCGUUACCGCUGUCGAUGGUCACUGGCUAGCCGAGCUUGGCCCAAUGUUCUUUAGUGUCAAAGAGACAGGGCGUAGUGGCAGAGCCAAGCGACAACAAGCACUUCAGCAUCUUCAUGAAAUGGAAGGGCAAAUGAAGGUCGCUGAGGAAGAGAUGCGACUACGAGCGCAAGAGCAGCUUGAAAAGGAACAAGCUGCAGUGAGGAAGAAAGAGAUUUUAACUCCUGGUGUAAGAGAACCUGGCACACCAGUAAGUUAUCGGAAAACUCCUGGCCGAUUCGGAUUGUGAUUGAUUAUAAAUUUGCAAGUACUAUACAGUAUGUUUUGCACGUAAUGACUCAUAUCUUGCAAUUAGAUAUUUUAAGUAAAUAUUAAGGAACACGAAUCCAUUUCUGAAAAAUUUGUAUAUAUGGACCAGAUUUCACAUGUAUCACGUUUGCUGGCUUCCGUUUACAAUGCUUUUUCUGAAUUCUACUCUAUUAUACCUAGGUGUAGCAUAUAGUUUCAUUCAAAUAUCAUAGUACGUAAGCGAUUGUAAUGAAUGUAUGAAUUAAAAUAUCACCGGGCAAUGCUAGA